AUGCCAAGUCUUGUGUCUGGUGGGGCAAAAACUCUUUUAGUUACAGCUUUGCUAUUUAUUGUAUAGUUUCAGCAUCCUUCUCGAUCACUCAAGCCUCCAACUCCACUUGCCAAUUGGAGAGUUUUCAUUAUCAGCUCCAAAUUGACAAGCCAACUCUCAAUUUGGCAAAUCUGCAAUAUCUUGUAGAUUUACCAAUUUGAAGGAAUUGAAUACUUGAGCUUUCCAUAAUAAUGCUCAAACUAUAGCUCCUAUUGUGACACUCUUUUCAAUGCAGUGUAAAUUAUAUAUUAGACCUAACUCAAGAUUUAGCUCCAACCACGAGAACUCUUAUUAGUGGGAUUUCAGCAGUGAUUGUAGUGCAUAUAGUGAUAGCUUUCUUUUUAUACACUCUUUUCAAGUAUAUGCGGAAAAAUGACUAA